AUGGAAAUCCUAAGAGCAAAGUGUAUCUUCUUUUGUAGCUUUGUUAACUUCAAUAGAGUAUCCGAGAUAGUAUUCACUUUCUUUUUGGUUCCAAUUUUCUUGAAUGCGGAUUAUAGAGCACCUCCUAUAAUCUCAAAUACAACUUAUGUCCAUGCCUGGAAUUCUCCAAGCGACCACUGUUUAACUAAGUUUAAAAUUUCUCUGGAUCUGAGCUUCUAUUCACUAAGAGGAAACCCCCAAGAAGAUGCCAUUAGUCAAAAUGUUACCUUAUUUUACAUCAAUAAACUUGGUCUCUAUCCUCACAUAAACCUGGAAAACAAAAAUGAAAUACUUGGAGGAAUUCCUCAGCUGGGAAAUCUAACAGCCCAUUUGGAGAAGGCUAAGAAAGACAUUCUGAAAUACAUGCCAAAAGACCAAUUAGGUUUGGCUGUCAUUGACUGGGAAGAGUGGAGACCUCUUUGGAUAAGAAACUGGGGAUGCAAGAAGAUUUACAGGACUAAAUCAAUUGAAUUUUUUAAGAAUAAUAAUCCAAAUGUUAGUACUGCAAAAGUGACAUGUCAAGCCCAAAAAGAAUUUGAAAAUGCAGGAAAGAAAUUCAUGUUGCAGACUUUGGAACUAGGACUAUCACUUCGACCAAAAAACUAUUGGGGUUUUUACCUUUUUCCUGAUUGUUAUAAUCAUGAUUAUUUAAAAGGUGAUGUGUACACUGGAAAUUGCCCUGAAAGAGAGAAGGAGAGAAAUAAUUUGCUAGACUGGUUGUGGAACAAAAGCACUGCUCUUUAUCCAUCCAUUUAUUUGAAUACACAUUUAAAAUCAACUAUAAAGGCUGCACUAUUUUCCCGUAAUCGUAUUAUGGAAGCCAUUCGACUUUCUAAAGUACGCAAUCCUGAAAACCCACUACCAGUUUUUGUAUAUAUGCGUCCUGUUUUUACUGAUCAAACCACAGAAUUUCUUUCUGAGCAUGACCUUGUGAAUACAAUUGGUGAAAGUUAUGCUCUUGGGGCCUCUGGGAUUGUAAUAUGGACAAGCUUCAAUUUAGUCAAUUCUGAGGUUUCUUGUGGUAAUCUAAGAAGCUACUUAAUGAAGACACUGAGUCCUUAUUUAAUCAAUGUCACUUUAGCAGCUAAACUAUGUAACCAAGCACUUUGUAAAGAUCAAGGAAUUUGUACUAGGAAAGACUGGAAUUCAAGUGACUAUCUUCACCUGAACCCAAAUAAUUUUAAUAUUAAGUUUAGCUACUGUAACAAGUUUAUAGUAUUUGGGGAACCCUCAGUUCAAGAUCUAAAGAAGUUUUCUGAAAAAUUUGAUUGUUCCUGUUUUACCAAUAAAACUUGUAAGAAGAAUGAAAAAGUAGAAACUACUAGACAGGUUAGAAUAUGCAUUACUGAGAAUGUCUGCAUAUCAGCCUUUGUAAAAACAGGAAGCAGUGUCAUUCCGUAUGAAGAAACCAGUGAAACACUCAUUCCAUCAUCCACAUCAGCAAUGAACACAUAA